AUGAGGACUGGACAUGAGCCCUUCGGGGACACAGAUGUGAUGUCGGCCCAGGAGCUUGUGGCCUGCCUCUGCCAGGAGGGGGACCAGCACCUGGCCCUGGGGGAGCCCCCACUGGCCACCGCCUUCUACCUGGCUGCCUUCAGCUGCCACGCCCCCUCGGCGGUGCGGAGGGUCCGAGCUGCCCUGGCCGAGGUGCGGGGGGCACCCGUGGUGGCCACCCUGGAGGCCUGGUGCCGCGGUGACAGCCAGAUCCCGGCCAUCCACUGGGACGGCAUGGCAGUGGUCUCCCUGACGGGGAGCCUGGCCUCAGCCUUCUUGGCCACCCUCUGCCCGGACCACCCAGCUGCAGUCCUGCACUCCCUGGCCGGCCUGCUGGCACACGGCUGCCACGCAGAGGUGGUGCAGCGCUGCGGUGCCCUGCUGGACGCUCACUCUCAGCAAACCCUGGAGCUGCAGCUGACCCGCGCCCUUGCUUGGAUCCUGUCGAGGACGCGAGUGGACGCCGGCGUGGCGGACUACCUGCAGGCCUUUGCCUCGAGCACUGAGCGGACCGUGACCUUCGUCCGCACCCACCAGCAGCCCUACCUCCCUGUGCUGGUCGGUGCCCUCCAGGACUACAUCUCGGGGCACCAGGAGGCCGGGGACAGCACCAGCUGGCAGGAGACUGAUUGCCGGGGACUCCUGGCUGCCCUGGACUCCGGUGGCACCUGGCGCGACGCCCUGUCUCCUGAAGCUCUGCUCCAUGCUGGCAGAUACGAGGCCUGCCGGGCAGCUUGCAGCCGGGCCCUUGAGUCUGACCCAACGGGCAGCAGACCCCAAGGGGAGCAUCUGGCCGCCCUGCUGGUCACCCGAGCGGCUGCGGCCUUCUUCCUGGACAGCGGGACCCAAGACCUGCUUCUGGACCUGCAUGAGGCCUUCCGCGGGAGCCCCUCAGGGGCGCGGAGGCAGUUCGAGGCCGUGUUCUCGGCCGGGGACCGGGAGCGCCUGUGUGCCCAGGUGCAGGAGGCCGCGGACGUGGGCUUCGCCCACUUCCAGGAGGCCGUGCGGAGCCGCGUCGAGCUCCGAGAGGACUCUGACCGCGAGCUGCUGGCCCCAGUGACCCGUGCGCUCCGUGUCCUGCGGCGCGUGGUGCCGCCCAGGGCGCGGCCGGCACUGGGGGCCCGCCUGGCCGAGUGCCUGCUGCUGGCCGGGGACGCGGCGGGCGCCCGGGUGCUGUGCGAGCGCCUGCUGCGGCCCGCGCGCCCCGGGGACCGUGCGCCCCUGCUCGCGCUGCGCGGCUUCUGCGCGCUGCACGCCGGCGACGCGCAGUGCGCCCGGGAGGACUUCCAGGCGGUGGUGGAGCAGGCGCCGCCGCACCCGGGCGGCUGCGUGCGUGCUCUGUGUGGCCGCGGGCUGCUGCGGGUGCUGGCGGGCAGCGCGUUCCUGGGCGCGCUGGACUAUGUCACCGCCUGCCGGUUGCGGCCCGAGGAGACUCUGCUCGUCACCAAGGCCUACGUGCCCUGGAACCAGCGGGGGCUGCUGCUGACAGUUCUGCGGGAGGAGGGCCGCCGGAUGCUGCAGCGGAGGCCGGACCUGGGAACCAGGGGCGCGCCGGGCCGCCCGAGUAAGGCCGCGGAGAUGGACAGACCCGCUGCUCAGGAAGGGAACGCCCAUGGCGUGCACCAGCUGGCCACGCUCUUGAUGGAGCUGGACACGGAAGAUGAGGCUUCGCGCCUCCUGGCAGCCGACGCCCUGUACCGCCUGGGCCACCUGGAUGACGCCCACAAGGCCCUCCUGGUGGCCCUCUCCCAGAGGCCCCAGGCGGCCCCUGUGCUGGUGCGGCUGGCCCUGCUGCAGCUGCGGAGGGGCUUCUUCUACGACGCCAACCAGCUGGUGAAGAAGGUGGUCCAGUCCGGGGACACGGCCUGCCUCCAGCCCACCCUGGACGUCUUCUGCCAUGAAGACCGGCAGCUCCUGCAGGGCCACUGCCAUGCGAGGGCCCUGGCCAUCCUACGGGCGGGGCCGAGCAGGGCCGAGGGUGAGGCCCACACCAGGGAGGCCAUCGCCUACCUCUCUUUGGCCAUCUUCUCUGCAGGGAGUCAGGCAACCGAGUCCCUGCUCACCCGUGCCCGCUGUUACGGGUUCCUGGGCCAGAAGAAGACCGCCAUGUUCGACUUCAACUCCGUGCUGCGGGCCGAGCCGAGGAAUGUGCAGGCGCUGUGCGGACGGGCGCUCCUGCACCUGGCCCUGGACCAGCAGAAGGAGGCUGUGGACGACAUCCUCUCGGCUCUGAAGCUCGACCCGAGGACGGUGGUCCCUGAGAUCCACUCUCUGAAGCCAGCGGCCCAGGCCCUCAUCACGCAGGGUCUCUCUUCCCACUGCCGGGCCCUCCUGAGCCGGUUACUGGACACCAGGGCUCCCCUCAGCGACGAGGACACUCACGGCCUCCUAGCCGCGGGAGAGGCGCUGAUCAAAAUCGAUGCCGGGCAGCUGAGCUGGCACAUCCUCCUGGUGGACGUGCUCACUGCCAUGGGCAGCUAUGAGGAGGCUAGCGCCCGCCUGCAAGAAGUCCUGCACCCCGCCCCGCCAUCAGAGGCCGCCCGAGCCCGACGGGGCCUGCUCCGCCUCAAGAAGGGAGAGGUGCUGGUUGCUGCGCGGGACCUGCAGGGGCUGGCGGAGACGGACGCCCGGGACCUCGGCUUCCUGCUGCGUCUCCUGGAGGCCUCGGAGCGGCAUAGCCUCACUCAGGCUGCAGCCGAGGAAGCCAGCACCCUCCUGAACUCAGGGCAGCCUGGGCAGGCCCUGGGCUACUGCUCACUGUCCAUUCUGGCCGGGGACAGCAAUGCUUGUCACCUGCGCCUGCGGGCCACCUGCCUGGCCGAGCUGCGGGAGUUUGGCCGGGCACUCAGGGACCUGGACCUCGUGCUCCGGGAGGCUUUGGGGGACAGCGACCUCCCGAUGCAGGUGGAGGACCUCUGCUCCCGUGGCCGCCUGCUGCUGAGCCUGAGGGAUGAGGCCGGGGCCGCAGGGGCCUUCGCCCAGGCCCUCAAGCUGGCCCCCACCCUCGCCCAGAGCAGCCUGUGGGAACGGCCGGGCCGGACCCCCACUGCCCAAGCAUUCCUGUGCCACGGGCAGCGCUGCCUGGAGGAGCGGCGCUACGCGGAGGCCUGGACGGCAGCCGAGAGCGGCCUCCUGGUGGACCCCGAGCAUGGCGGUCUAAAGAGGCUGAGAGCGAGAGUCCGGAGGGAGGCGUCCUCGGGCUGCCGGCUCCACUGAUCCAACUCUCUCCGGGCCGUCAUGGGGCCGCCCUGUCGUCUUCACCCCAUGUCCAGACCCUGCAGUGCACCUCUCCCCCAAAUUAGGGAAAUGCUGUCCCCCCCCCUUUCCCAUCCCCGUGGUGGCUCAGUGGUGGACAACCAGCCUUGGGAUGCAGAGGGAGGAGCAUCCUGCUUGCCUGGAGCGACGGUCCUGGGAGGCCUAGAGCCCUUGGCCACGACGGCAGCCUGGUCCCAGAAGCUGGGCCCCUCCUGGCCCACACCUGGGGCUCGGCCCUCAGAGAAACGGCCCUGGUUCUUGUCCCUGGCUUGGGACGUGCAGGUUCGACAGGAUUAAGGCUGGACCCUUGUAGCCCUGGAGAGAGGCUGCUGGCCUAGGAAGCCCUUCCCUGGGCGUGAAACGGCCCUUGACCCUGGCCUGACUCUCAGGCUGGGCUCCUGCAGCUUCUGGGCCUCCCCAAGGACAAAGCUCCCAAGUCGCCCCUAUGGCCGUGAGGUGAGGGCUGGCCCUGGGGCCAAGGUCAUGGAGAAGGCCAGCCCCCCCCCCCACCGCAGGAGGGACGGAGGCAGAGGGAGGAGUCACCCAGGGGCCCUCCUUACCCCCACCCCUGCUUUGCUCCUGCUGUCCUCCCCCCAGACAUCGUGUCCCUGUUGUCCUCUCAAGGUCAUGCGGGAGUUUGUCACACAGCGUGAGGCUGCCCAGCUCCACCUCGGCUCCUCCAGGCAGCCCCGCCUCACGGCUCACUGGGGCUUCUUUCCCCUCAAGCGGCAGCACCCACCGUCCCACAGCUCGUCUCCCACCAUCUCCCCUCUCAGGUCAGCCUUUGCUUGGCCCAGCCGUGUUCCCCUUGUCCCCCACCUCUGCCCUGAAGGCAGACCGCCGGCCCCUGAGGACACGGGGAGGGUCUUAGUUCCCUGUGCUCCCCCCACCGCUGGGUGGCUCCAGGACUGAGCAGCCUCUCAGUGCUGGAGGAUCCUAAGAUGUGAUUGAUGCAGUAACCGCUCCCCUCCCCAAGACCUGGGAGUGCAGCCUGCAGGGACGUUUCCAGGGCUGCCCGGGCCCCACCUGCUCCAGGGGCUGAUGCUCUUUGCAGACCCACCCACACUCCCUGGGCAGCCCCCGACCUGCCUCCCAGGCCCUCCUGCCCCUCACUGCCGAGCUAGAGGCUGAGAGAACCCAGGCCCCGAUGGGGUGUGACAGGGGGCGUCCCUCGCCUUGCAGCCUGGAUGCCUGGCCUGGUCUCUGCCCUCAUUGCUGGGCACAGGACUGCUCACAGAUGGGGCGAAGCUGGGAAGGUGGAGCUAACUGCUGGUCAACGAGCUCACCACUAGCCAGUCGUGCAGCACUGCGUGCAUUUCGCUAGGGGUCUUCACACACGUUAGUCCUUUCUUUUCUACCCUAGAGACACUGUGAAGUAAGCCUCAUCCCAUUCUGAAUGCUGGGAGAGGUCCAAGUUUGCACAUGAUCACAGUCCAAGUUAGCCCGGGUGUCUAGGAGCCACACCCAGGCUCCUGGCUCUCAGAGCGGGUUCUGCACCAGAAAACAGCCCUGGGGACCCUACAGAGAGGGGCUCGUCCUCCCCAGCUCCACGGGCAAAGUCUGUCCUGCCUCUAACCCUCCCUUUCUGCCACUACCUGUGUUGGGGACGUUUCCAUUUCCACUCUGUCUGAAGGUACACGUGAGGGAUGGCCGUUAUCCCAGCCUCAUGCCAUAGCACCCAGGUGGACAAACCAAGCAAGACCUGGACGGCCUCCAGAGCAGAUGACAAGGUGGAUCUAACUGAUGUCAGUCAGACUUACCCAAGAAGAGAGGCUGCAGCUGCUUUUCCCAAAAUCACCACAUUUUAGGUUACCAAGAAAAUGUUCAUGAUAGGAUAUCAAUAACAUUACCUAAUCUCAAGACAAUAAUGCUAUAAAUGAACUUUUUAAAAUUCCCUGCAUGUGAAACAACUCUUGGGUCCAAGAGGAAGUCAAAUUGGGAAUUGCAGAAUGUUGGAAAAAUGAUAGUAACAAAAACAGUCCAGAGAAGCCACUAUGGAGACGAGCCGCAGCAGUCCCCAGAGGGAAGUUCUGGCCCCAGGUAUGUUACUAAGCAAUGAAGAUGACGAUGGAUGAAGUGUGUGCUCAAUUCAAGAGGUUAGAAAAAGGCAAUAAACGGGAAUCAAAGGCAGGAAUUAAUAAGGAUAAAAGCAAAAACUAAUAAAUGGAACGGAAAAAUGGAGGAACUAAUAAAUAAACCCAAAAUAUGAGUCUUCAAAAAUCACAUAGAUGAACCAAUAGCUGACUUAAUCAAAAAGAUGGAAAAAGCACAAAGACACAAAAUUUUAAAAAGUGACAAGGACAAAAUAACGACACAGAAGCAAUUUAAAGAAUCAUAAGAGAGUACUUUUCUCAAUUCCAUGCAAAUAAAUUUGAAGGCCUGGAUGAAAUGGAUUAGUUCCUAGGAAAAUAGUGUUUAACUAAACUGCAGAGUAGACCUAAAACUUACGCAAGACGAUGACCACACAGGGAAAGAGAAGGCUGGAAGGAGCUUCCCCCAGAGCAGGACCAGUUUCAGGUGGUGUGGGGGAAAACCGACUGGCCUUCAAGGAACAGUUGAUGCCAAAUGACUUUAAACUACUUCUUAGCCAAGAAGAAGAAAAGCUUCCCAGUUCUUUUUUGAAGAAAGCAUAAUCUCAACCAAAUGAAAGCCACAUGUCAACUUCAUUUAUGAAUUACCAGUUCAAAAAUCCUAAAUGAAAUACCAACAAACCUAAACCCAACGGCACACUGAAAGAAUAAUACACUGAGCAGAAUGACACAAUAAGCAGUGUAUACAGGAAUGCAAGGAUGGUUCAGUUAGGAAAUGUAUUCCUGUAGUUUAUCAUAGGAAUAGCACUAAGGAGAAAAUAAGUCUGAUGAGUCCUGUGAGGGGCUGUAGUGGGCAGUGCUGCUCACACAUGGUAAAUCCUCUCCAACAUGUCUGUCUCCCUGUGCCCUUGAAUUCCUUCCUCUACAUUAUACUAGGGAAGUUUCAGCAUCUCAACUUCAUUAACCAUAAUCCACCUUUGAGUCCAGAUUUCAUUCAACCAAAUGAACUGUUAGAGUCGCUCCCAGCGGUGGACAUGAGCCAACACAUUAAGUUUAGAAUAUCUGGUAGGUUCACCCAUAUCAAUAGAGCCAUCCCAAGCCAGUGCUCCAACCCCAUGGUCUGCCAUGGGCUAACACCCUUAGGCUCCAUUCCCACGCACAAUUCCCAGGUUUCUCAGUGUGAAUUAAUGAAAUCUUGCAAUUACUGGGGUAUAUGUGCUAUCUCCUCCUGGCUCAGACUUUGUACUUACUGCCCCUCCAGCAUGCUGAGAUUGGACCCUGCUUAUGGGUCUAGAGUCAACGGAGGAGGGGAGGUUUGUGGACUUUGAAUAGAAUGAGCGUCUUUUUUCUAGGCCCCUGACCCACGUGAGGUUAUCUCAGGGUCUUCUGAGGUUCUCCUCAGACAGUAGAGGGCAGCUGCUUCCACUGGAAAGAGGGGCUCAGAGAACAUAGGGGUUCAAGGUUCUCAGCUUCCCCUGAGCCCAACCAGACAUCCACAUUCCUAGUUUCAGGGUCCCGCUACCCUCCCAAUCAAUGCCCUAACUUUCUCAUAAGAAACUUGGUAAGGCUGUAAAUGCAACCAACAUUGUAAUUAUACAGCUCUGCGAGUUGAA